CGAACGGCCACAUAAAUAAAUUAGUAAAAUGAUGAUACAAACAAAGAGAAUAAUAAAUUCUAGUAUUUCAAUAACUUUGAGUCAAAAAAAAAAAAGUCUAGUACUAUUUUGUUGUUGUUUAAGUUAGUAUCUUUUGAGGUUUGGAAUGUUGCAAAGAAACAUGGGAGACUCAUCAACUUGUCUCACGCAACCAUUCUGUUAUUCCUCUGGCUUUUCCAAUGAAGUUAACAACAAGAGUAACAGUCCAAUUAAAGCACUUGGUGAAUCAGUGUCAUUUGGGAGGUUCAUGACAGAGUCACUAGCAUGGGAGAAAUUUUCAACAUUCUCUCACAACCGUUAUGUUGAAGAAGCAGAGAGGUUUUCAAAACCUGGUUCUGUUGCACAAAAGAAAGCUUUCUUUGAAGCUCACUACAAGAAACUUGCAGCUCAAAAGGCAGCUGCUGCAUUACUUGAACAAACAAAAAGUAAUGAGGAAGAAUUAGUUGAUAAUACCAACAAUUCAGAUGAAAAUGCAAAAAGUUCAAAUGCUGACAUAAAAAGUGAAAACAAGGUAGAUGGAGCUCAACUUGAGAAGGAACACCAAACUUUUGUAGGGAAUUCAAUGCAAAACCACCUUGAUGAUGUUGAAAAUGCUGAUACUCAUAGUUUCCUAAGUGAAAAGCAAGGUUCAAACUUUGGCCUAGAAGUUUUGCAAUCAAAGGGACAAUCCACUGAUCCAAUUAUUUCAGAUGAAGAUACUAUUUCUACACCAAUGAACAAUAAGGCUUCAUUAAGAAAGAAGAGAUCAAAAUCAAAUUCUAAGUCAGUUCACAUGUCAGUUAAGUUUGCAGUCAUUAGAGAAAUUAAUAGAUUGAUUGCAUCACUAAUGAGGAAAUUUGAAACUACAAGAGCUGUUUCUGGUUCUUCAACAGCUUCAAAAGAUAGAUGGACUACUCUAACAACCCCAACUAAGGCCUCUAAGAUUGAGUUGCAAAAACACCCUUCAUUUUCCCCAUUAACACAAAAGCAAAGAAACAAUAUGAAAUCACCGAUUAUAUCCUCGCCAUUAAGCAUGAGAACAGAAGAAAGGGCUGCAAGUAGAAAGAAGAAACUUGGGAAAAAGUCCAGGACUAGUGAACCACAGAGAGUACAACUGCAUAUAAAACUUAAGGAGAGAGCACAGACAAAGAUUAGUAAACUAAGACAAUGCUUUUGUCUCAAGGCGAGGCAACUACCUGAAAUGAACAAGGAAAUAGAAGAUUCUAAGAGACAGACAAAAGAGGAUUCAGUGACAACCCUUGAUUUGGGAAAAAGAAAAGGCUCAUUAUCUCUUGAGAUACUUACUACAUAUGAAAAUACAUCUCCAAAUAUUCAGCACCGAAACCAGAAAGAAAGUAAUUACAAAUGAUUUUAAGAUAAUACAGUAUCACUGGAUAUGUGACUACUUCUUGUUGUCCUAGAUCAUAUUCAAACUAGGUUUUAAAUUCCAGUUGCAGUUUGGUUACAGUUGCAUAAUGAUAUUGCAGAAAAUUGCAAUCAUAACUACAACAUGGUUUUAGUGUUGAAUUUAAAACCUAAGUGUACAUAUUUUUUAGCUUCAUGAGAAUGACUUGUGAGGCCUUUUGGUGUGUGCGUGUGUACUUCGGGUAGAUUACAAUAAGGUAUAAUCAUGUGUCUACUCUGACCUUCACAGUCUAUUUUUCUUUGGAUACUGAUAUUUUGGUCUUUCAUAUUUUAUAACCUUCUAUUUUCAAGCCA